AUGGCGGCAGUCAGCGAGAAGGUCGCUGGCUUGAAAAAGGCCAACUUGAGCGUUCCAGCGAACCUCUCGCAGCUCCCCAAGUCACAGGACCCACUGUCGCCUAGGGGAGUGCCAGAGGAGAGGAAAAUCUCCCGCAUAGCAGAUUUCGUGAUGCCCAGGGUCCCGGUCGAAGACAAGAUUUCCGGACCGCAGGUCUCUGCGGAAACGUGCACAUUCCAAUGUGUGCAGCAGAGCGUGGUGGCACGAGUCCCCGUGCUCGGAUGGUUGCCUCACUAUGACUUUCGGCGAGACUUCUUCUAUGACUUUAUCGGAGGCGCCACCAUCGCCUUAAUUUGCCUAGUGCAGACGCUGGCCCAUGCUGCCAUUGCAACUACCAAAGUAAUUCAAGGACCUUAUUGUGCCUUCGUGCCUCCGUUUGUCUACGCGAUGCUCGGGACAUCACCCCAUGCCUCGAUUUCAUCCGGUGCCAUUGCGGCCAUCCUUUUGGCUGACCAGCUGCAGUAUUGGCACGAUGAAGAUGAGCGGACCGAGCUGGCCUCCCUGCUGGCCUUGAUCAGUGGAGGCUGGCUGGUCGCAAUGGGUCUUUGCCAAGCGGCAUAUGCUGUUCGCUUCCUGUCCCAGUCGCUGAUUAGCGGAUUUGUCACUGGCGGCUCCGUGCUCAUCCUCGUGGGCCAGUUGAGAAACUUAUUGGGGCUGAUGAAGAUGCGACAUGCAAUCGGUUUUACAAAUCAAGUCAGCGCAAUCAUUGGUGCGCUGCCAGAGACACAUAUACUUGGCACCAUCUGGGGCUUGGCAAUGAUGAUGGUGCUGCAGCUGCUGAUGUGGCUCAAGAAGCAUUUGGUCAACGAGUUGAAGAAGCCUGGACCGCACCCGAGCUGGAUGGUCCCUGCCAAAAUAGCAUCCGAAAUGAAAGAGCUGGUCCUCGUUGGCAUCAGUAUAACUUUUGCAUACAGCACCGCGCUUGAUGAUGGAGAAACAAGGCUUCCAGUGGUGGGUGACAUUCCACCUGGCUUGCCUGGCUUCAUGCCGGCCUGGGACUACCCCGCCUCAAAGACCAUGCUGCAGACGCAUUUCCGCCUGAAGGAAUUCUGCAUGGGUGGCUUUCUGGUGGCCCUCACAUCAUUUUUAACAACGUACGCAACAUCCAAGAAACAGGCACUGCAGCAUGGUUACCACAUUGAUGCAAGUCAAGAAAUGUUUGCCCUUGGCAUGGCGGGCGUGUGCGGAUCGUUUUAUGGAUCCUUCACCCCCAGCGGGUCGCUGAGCAGGACGAGUCUCGCUUCCGAAGUCGGUGUCAAAACCCAGAUGAGCGGCCUGAUGAAGCUGGUGGUGGUCGGUACGAGCCUGCAGUUCCUGACGCCAAUCCUGUAUUAUCUUCCGAAGGCAACGCUGGCGGCAAUCAUUCUGCGCUCGACCUGGCAGCUGGUAGACCUACACACACCAAAGACGCUCUGGAGCUCCUGGAAGCCGUACCAUCAGGGUGGCAUGAAGCGAGACUUUGUCGUUUGGUGGAUCGCCUUUCUGUUCACCGUGUUCAAAGGUGUGCUGUGGGGCAUCGGAUUAGCUGUCUUCGUUUCCGUGCUCAUGAUUGUCCACGAUGCUGCUGUGCCGAGGGUGGUGAAGCUUGGUUCCAUCGAAUCUUUGGGCAACAUUUGGCGCGACCAAGAAGUCUGGCCGGAAGGGCGGACCUAUCCAGGUGUUCUGGUUAUCGAGUUCAGGGGGCCUUUGUCUUUCGCGAGUGCGGACCACUUCAUGGAAGAGGUUGAAAACAAGCGGUUGGAAGAAGAGGAAGCAGGAAAUCCAGUUGAUGUCAUCGUGCUACCCUUCGGAAGCGUGCAUGAUUUGGACAAGACGGCGAUUGAGAUGUUGCGGGACUUGCUAACGGAGUCCCAUGCCUUGAUUUGGUCAUGCAUCCUCCUGCCAGAUCAAGUUGUACCGGGCUUUGGGGUGGUGGUUGUUGGUGACUAG